CUCACGGCGGCGUGCGGCGCGCGCCUGACUGACGGAGCUCAUCAUGGCUGAAGGCGGAGACGCGGAGGAUGAGAUCCAGUUCCUGCGCACGGAUGAUGAGGUGGUUCUGCAGUGUGUGGCCUGCAUUCAGAAGGAGAACCGCAAGUUCUGCCUGAGCGCUGAGGGUUUGGGGAACCGCCUGUGUUACCUGGAGCCCACAUCAGAGGCCAAGUAUGUUCCUCCAGAUCUGUGCAUCUGUAGUUUUGUGCUGGAGCAGUCGCUGUCUGUCCGAGCGCUGCAGGAGAUGCUCGCCAAAACCGGACAGAACAACGACCAGUUCAUCAGAAAGGCGGCUCAGAGCGGAGGACACCGGACGUUACUGUACGGCCACGCUGUGCUCCUCAGACACUCCUUCAGCAGGAUGUAUCUGACGUGUUUGAAGACGUCGCGCUCAGUGACGGAUAAACUGUCGUUUGAUGUGGGACUUCAGGAAGACUCGACAGGUGAGGCCUGCUGGUGGACAAUUCAUCCUGCAUCUAAACAGAGAUCAGAAGGGGAGAAGGUGCGUAUCGGAGAUGAUCUCAUACUCGUCAGCGUCUCAUCAGAGCGAUAUCUGCAUCUGUCCAUAUCCAAUGGCAGCAUCCAGGUGGAUGUGUCCUUCAUGCAGACGCUGUGGAACGUCCAUCCCACCUGCUCAGGGAGCAACGUGGAGGAAGGAUACCUUCUUGGCGGUCAUGUGAUGCGUCUUUUUCACGGACACGAUGAGGUUCUGACCAUCCCGGGAUCUGAUCAGAGUGAAGAAGAGCAGAGAUUGGUGAACUAUGAGACAGGUAAAGCCGGAGCAAAAGCCCGAUCUCUCUGGCGGCUGGAGCCACUACGCAUCAGUUGGUGUGGCAGUCACAUCCGCUGGGGUCAGCCGUUCCGUCUGCGUCACCUGACCACCGGUCACUAUCUGGCGCUUACAGAAGACCGAGGCGUCGUUCUGCAGGACAGGGAGAGAUCGGACACCACGUCCACAGCCUUCUGCUUCAGAGCCUCCAAGGAAAAGCUGGAGUGCGGUCUGAAGCGGGACAUCGAGGGGAUGGGAGUGGCUGAGAUCAAAUACGGAGAUUCUCUGUGUUUCUUGAUGCACGUGGCGACGGGUCUCUGGCUGUCCUUUCAGGCACCAGAUGUCAAAUCCGCUCGACUCGGGCCGCUCAAACGCCGGGUGUGUCUUCAUUCAGAAGGACACAUGGACGAUGGUUUGACGUUACAGCGAUGUCAACACGAGGAGUCGAGAGCCGCUCGAAUCAUCCGCAACACCACGCGACUCUUCAGCUGCUUCAUCAGAGAGCUCGACGGUUUGAGUGCCAAGAACCGCUCGUCUGUGGUUCUGCCCAUCGAAGAGGUUCUCCAGACUCUUAACGACCUGAUCGCGUACUUCAGACUUCCUGACGCCGAGCUGGAGCACGAGAAGAAGCAGAUCAAGCUGCGCUCGCUGAAGAACCGACAGAACCUCUUCAAGCAGGAGGGGAUGCUGUCUCUGGUGUCCAGCUGCAUCGACCGCUUGAGUGUUUAUAAUAGCGCGGCUCAUUUCGGAGAGUGUGCAGGUGAAGAGGCCGGAGUCGCAUGGAAGGACAUCCUCAACCUGCUCUACGAGCUUCUGGCCGCUCUGAUCCGUGGGAACCGGAACAACUGCACACAGUUCUCACACAACCUGGACUGGCUGGUCAGCAAACUGGAGAGACUGGAGUCGUCUUCAGGGAUCUUGGAGGUUCUUCACUGUAUUCUGAUUGAAAGUCCAGAGGCUCUGAACAUCAUCCAGAGAGGACACAUCAAAACCAUCAUCUCUCUGCUCUACAAACACGGACGAAACCACAAGAUCCUGGACGUCCUCUGCUCUCUGUGUGUGUGUAACGGAGUCGCUGUCAGAGCCAAUCAGAAUCUGAUCUGUGAUCACCUGCUGCCCAGACGAGAUCUGCUGCUGCAGACGCGAUUGGUCAAUGACGUCCAGAGCAUGAGGCCCAAUAUCUUCGUGGGAGUCAGCGAAGGCUCCGCCCAGUACAGGAAGUGGUAUUUUGAGCUGAUGAUCGAUCACGUGGAUCACUUCCUGACGGGCGAGCCGUCGCACCUGCGGGUGGGCUGGGCAUCCACUAAAGGCUAUGCUCCCUACCCGGGCGGCGGAGAGGGCUGGGGGGGCAAUGGUGUUGGGGACGAUCUGUACUCCUACGGCUUCGAUGGACUGCACCUGUGGUCAGGACGCAUCCCGAGGACAGUGGCGUCUGUGAAGCAGCAUCUGCUGGCGUCUGAUGAUGUUGUGAGCUGCUGCAUGGAUCUGAACGCUCCCAGCAUCUCCUUCAGGAUCAAUGGGCAGCCGGUGCAGGGGAUGUUCGAGAACUUCAACAUCGACGGCCUCUUCUUCCCCGUCGUCAGCUUCUCCGCCGGCGUCAAGGUGCGCUUCCUGUUGGGCGGUCGUCACGGAGACUUCAAGUUCCUGCCCCCGUCGGGUUAUGCGCCGUGUUACGAGGCUCUGCUGCCCAAAGAGAAGAUGAGGGUCGAGCCGGUCAAAGAAUACAAGAGAGACGCGGACGGAGUGAGAGACCUACUGGGAAACACACACUUCAUAUCACAGACCUCCUUCAUACCUAAACCUGUGGACACAUCUCAGAUCGGGAUGCCUCCUCAUCUGGAGAAGGUUCGGGAUCGUCUGGCGGAGAACAUCCAUGAGCUCUGGGGAACGAACAAGAUUGAGCUGGGCUGGUCCUACGGGAAGAUCAGAGAGGAUAACAAGCGGCAGCACCCGUGUCUGGUGGAUUUCUCCAAACUACCAGAAACCGAGAGGAACUACAACCUGCAGAUGUCCACCGAAACACUCAAGACUCUGCUGGCGUUGGGCUGUCAUGUGGUCCAGGUGAAGGUCAACGCAGAAGAGGAGCUAAAGAAGCUCAAGCUCCCUAAGAAUUAUAUGAUGUCUAACGGCUAUAAGCCAUCGCCGCUGGAUCUGUCAGACGUCAAACUGAGCGCCGGUCAGGAGCUGCUCGUGGACAAACUGGCAGAAAACGCUCACAACGUCUGGGCCAAAGACCGCAUCAAACAGGGCUGGACCUACGGCAUCCAGCAGGAUGUGAAGAACAAGCGAAACCCUCGUCUGGUGCCAUACGCUUUACUUGAUGAGCGCACCAAGAAGUCUAACCGUGACAGUCUUCGGGAGGCCAUUCGCACGCUGAUCGGAUACGGAUACAACGUGGAGCCGCCCGACCAGGACGCAGGUCAUGUGUUGGAGCGGCUGAGCAUCGAUAAGAUCCGUUUCUUCCGUGUGGAGCGCACGUAUGCGGUGAAGACGGGCCGGUGGUAUUUCGAGUUCGAGGCGGUGACGGGGGGAGACAUGCGUGUGGGCUGGGCUCGGCCCGGCUGUAGACCCGACUUGGAGCUGGGAACGGACGAGCAGGCCUACGUCUUCGACGGUCAUCGGGGUCAUCGGCUGCACUCGGGCAGCCGUCUGUUCGGACGCUGCUGGCACGCUGGGGAUGUUGUGGGUUGUAUGAUCAACUUGGAGGACAAAUCCAUGAUCUUCACUCUGAACGGAGAAAUCCUGAUCACCAACAAGGGCUCUGAGCUGUGCUUCGCCGACUUUGACAUUGACGACGGUUUCAUCCCGGUCUGUAGUUUGGGUCUGUCUCAGGUGGGCCGUAUGAAUCUGGGGAAGGACGCCAGCACCUUUAAGUACUACACCAUGUGUGGCCUGCAGGAGGGCUUCGAGCCCUUCGCCGUCAACAUGAACCGUGAAGUGACCAUGUGGUUUAGCAAACGCCUGCCCACAUUCUGCAACGUCCACAAAGACCACCAUCACAUCGCGGUCACCCGAAUCGACGGGACGGUGGACGGUCCGCCGUGUCUCAAAGUCACCCAUAAGACGUUCGGGACACAGAACAGUAAUGCUGACAUGGUGUUCUGCAGACUCAGCAUGCCUGUGGAGUCUCACUCCAGCUUCAGGAGCAGCUCUUGCACGCACAUCAACGGCCUGUGUGAGGACGAGCCGCUCAAACUCAGACACAGGCAUCCAGUGAAGUCCACCAAACACUUGGAUGAAGGCAGGAGAACAGAUUACAGCACCAUCACCACAUACUAUCAUUCGGUCAGGAUAUUUUCAGGUCAGGACCCGUCCUGCGUGUGGGUCGGAUGGGUCACCCCUGACUACCAUUACUAUAGCAACCACUUCAGCCUCAGCAAGAACCGCUCAGUGACCGUUACCCUGGGAGAUGAGCGGGGCCGUGUGCAUGAGAGCGUGAAGAGGAGUAACUGUUACAUGGUGUGGGGUGGAGACAUCACUAGCGCCGCCCAUGCGUCCGGCCGCAGCAAUGUGGAUUUAGAGAUCGGAUGCCUCAUCGAUUUGGCCACGGGUCUGUUAGCAUUCUCCGUCAAUGGCAAAGAGCUUCCCACAACCUACCAGGUGGAGCCCAGCACAAAACUCUUUCCUGCUGUGUUUGUGAGGCCCACAAGCUCAAGUCUCUUCCAGUUUGAACUGGCCAAAAUCAAGAACGCCAUGCCCAUCUCGUCGGCCAUCUUUAAAAGCGAACACAAGAAUCCCGUUCCUCAGUGUCCUCCACGACUAGACGUCCAGACCAUUAACUCGGUGCUGUGGAGCCGAAUGCCCAACACCUUCCUGAAGGUGGAGACGGCCCGUGUCAGUGAGAGACACGGAUGGAUGGUGCAGUGUGUGGAAGCGCUGCAGAUGCUGGCCGUACACAUCCCCGAGGAGAACCGGUGUGUGGACAUCAUGGAGCUGUCGGAGCAAGAGGAGCUGCGUAGGUUCCACUAUCACACGCUAAAGCUGUACUGCGCUCUGUGUGCUCACGGGAACACGCGUGUGGCUCACGCGCUCUGUAGCCACCUCGACCAAUCGCAGCUGCUCUACACCAUCGACAACCAGUACCUGUCAGGGCUGCUGCGCGAGGGCUUUUACGACGUCCUCAUCAGCGUGCACCUGGAGACGGCCAGAGCUGCCCGCCGCAUGAUGAGCAGCGAGUUCAUCAUCCCCAUCACCGCCGAGACGCGCAGCAUCCGCCUCUUCCCCGAUGCCUCCAAACAGCACCGGCCUCCAGGCGUCGGGCUCAGCACCUGCCUCAAACCCAGACUCAGCUUUGGCCCGCCCUGCUUCAUCAGCAGCAAGCGCGAGCAGCACCUCUUCAGCCCGGAGAUCCCGCUGGAUGUGCUGAAGGAGAGGGCCAUCUGCAUGCUGACGGAGGCCGUGCAGGGCGGAGGAGACCACAUCCGUGACCCCGUGGGAGGAAGCGUGGAGUUCCAAUUCGUGCCGAUCCUGCGGCUCAUCGGCGCGCUGCUCACCAUGGGAGUCCUGAACAGCCGCGACGUGCACAAGAUCCUGCUGCUCAUCGAGCCCGGCGUGUUCGGGGAGCACAGGGACGACGGAGCCAAAGAAGGGCUGACGGGAGCCGAGGAGAAGGCGGUGGAGGCCGGAGAGGAGGAGGAGGCCCGAGACGGGAAAGUGCUGGUGAAGAGCCUGCUGGAGAAGAAACUCCCCGAGUCUGUCAAACGACAGAUGUGCGAGCUGCUGCACUAUUUCUGUGACUGUGAGCUGAGGCACCGCGUCGAGGCCAUCGUGUCGUUCUCCGACAGCUUCGUCUCUAAGCUGCAGGUCAAUCAGAAGUUCCGCUAUAACGAGCUGAUGCUGGCGCUCAACAUGUCAGCCGCCGUCACCGCCAAAAAGACCCGAGAGUUCCGCUCGCCGCCGCAGGAACAGAUUAACAUGCUGCUGAACUUCACCGUGGGCGAGGACUGUCCGUGUCCCGCAGAUAUACAGGAGGAGCUGUACGACUUCCACGGCGAGCUGCGGCUGCACUGCGGGAUUCCAGUGGAGGAGGAUGAGGAGGAUCAGGAUUCGUCUAUUAAAGCUCGUCUGCUCGCUCUCGUCUAUAAGAUCAAAGGUCAACCGCAGCGAUCUGAGCGCGAGUCCACAGAGGAAGAGCAGGCCGCUCCCUCGAAUCUGAAGGAGCUGAUCUCUCAGACGAUGGUGAGCUGGGCUCAGGAGACACACAUCCAGGACCCAGAGCUUGUGCGGCUGAUGUUCAGUCUGCUGAGACGACAGUACGACAGCAUCGGAGAGCUGCUCCGAGCCAUGAGGAAGACCUACACCAUCAGCGCUGUCUCCGUCCACGACACCAUCCACCUGCUGGCGUCUCUGGGCCAGAUCCGCUCGCUGCUGAGCGUCCGCAUGGGGAAGGAGGAGGAGCAGCUGAUGAUCCACGGCCUCGGGGACAUCAUGAAUAACAAGGUGUUUUACCAGCAUCCUAACCUGAUGCGUGUUCUGGGGAUGCACGAGACCGUGAUGGAGGUGAUGGUGAACGUCCUGGGUGGAGGAAAGUCUCAGGAAAUCGCCUUUCCUAAGAUGGUGGCGAGCUGCUGUCGCUUCCUGUGCUACUUCUGUCGCAUCAGCCGUCAGAACCAGAAGGCCAUGUUUGAUCACCUGAGCUACCUUCUGGAGAACAGCAGCGUGGGAUUGGCGUCUCCGUCCAUGAGAGGAUCCACUCCUCUAGACGUGGCGGCUUCAUCAGUGAUGGACAACAACGGUCUGGCGCUGGCGCUGGAGGAGCCCGACCUGGACAAGGUCGUGACUUAUCUGGCCGGCUGCGGUCUGCAGAGCUGUCCGAUGCUCCUGGCCAAAGGAUAUCCAGACAUCAGCUGGAACCCUAUUGAGGGAGAACGUUACCUGUCCUUCCUGCGAUUCGCCGUGUUUGUAAACGGUGAGAGCGUGGAGGAGAACUCCAGUGUGGUGGUGAAGCUCCUGAUUCGUCGGCCCGAGUGUUUCGGUCCUGCUCUGAGAGGAGAAGGAGGAAACGGGCUGCUGGCGGCAAUGAAGGAGGCCAUCAAGAUCUCAGAGAACCCCAGCCUGGAUCUGCCCAGCGCCGGGCCGGCUCACGCUUCAGACGCCUCCACUGAGGGCGAGGAGGAAGAGGAAGUGGUUCACAUGGGAAACGCCAUCCUGUCCUUCUACUCGGCUCUGAUCGAUCUUCUGGGCCGCUGCGCUCCUGAGAUGCACCUGAUCAAUAAGGGUAAAGGUGAAGCUCUGAGGAUUCGUGCCAUCCUUCGCUCUCUGGUUCCCACGGAGGAUCUGGUGGGCAUCAUCAGCAUCCCUCUCAAGAUGCCCGUCGUCAUUAAAGACGGCGGCGUGUCUGAGCCUGACAUGUCGGCCACUUUCUGCCCGGACCACAAGGCCCCCAUGGUGCUGUUCCUGGAGCGUGUGUAUGGCAUCGAGGACCAGAGCUUCCUGCUGCAUCUGUUAGAGGUGGGCUUCCUGCCGGACCUGAGAGCCGCUGCCUCGCUGGACACGGAGGCUUUGCGCACCACAGAAACCGCUCUGGCAAUGAACAGGUACAUCGGUUCGGCCGUGUUGCCCCUGCUGACCCGCUGCGCUCCUCACUUCUCCGGCACAGAGCAUCACGCCACGCUCAUCGACUCCACGCUCUACACCGUCUACCGUCUGUCCAAGGGCUGCUCGCUCACCAAAGCCCAACGCGACGCCAUCGAGGAGUGUCUGCUGGCCAUCUGCAGGUACCUCAGACCCUCCAUGCUCCAGCAUCUGCUGCGCCGACUGGUGUUUGACGUCCCGUUGUUGUCUGAAUACUGUAAGAUGCCUCUAAAGCUGUUGACGAAUCAUUACGAGCAGAACUGGAAGUAUUACUGUCUGCCGUCCGGAUGGGGGAGUUACGGUCAGGCGUCCGAGGAGGAGCUGCUGCUUACCAAGAAGAUCUUUUGGGGAAUCUUUGACUCUCUGUCUCAGAAGAAGUAUGAGCAAGAUCUGUUUAAGAUGGCCAUGCCGUGUCUGAGUGCCAUCGCUGGAGCUCUGCCGCCGGACUACAUCGACUCCACGCUCAGCACCACGCUGGAGAAGCAGGUGUCUGUCGACACGCAGGGAAACUUCAACCCCAGACCCGUAAACACAGCCAACAUCUGCCUGCCGGAGAAGCUGGAGUACAUCGCAAACAAAUACGCUGAACAUUCCCAUGAGAAAUGGGCUGCUGAGAAGGUGCUUCUGGGCUGGAAACACGGAGAAAACAUCGACGAGAAAGCAAAAACUCACCCUAUGCUGAGAUCCUACAAGUCCUUGACAGAGAAGGAGAAGGAGAUGUAUUGCUGGACGGUGCGCGAGUCCUUGAAGAGCAUGUUAGCGAUGGGCUGGAGCAUCGACCGCACCAGAGAAGAAGACAGCGUGUUCCAGCAGAGAGAGAUGGAGAAGAUGCACCGCAUCUCACAGGCCUCUCAGGGUAACGGCUUCAAUCCCAACCCGCUGGACAUGAGCAGCGUCCUUCUGUCCAGAGAACUGCAGUCGAUGGUUGAGGUCGUAGCUGAAAACUAUCACAACAUCUGGGCCAAGAAGAAGAAGAGUGAUCUGUGCAGCAGAGCCGCAGGAGGAGCUCAUCCGCUGCUGGUGCCCUACGACACGCUCACGGCCAAAGAGAAGAUCAGAGACAGAGAGCGAGCGCAGGAUCUCUUCCGCUUCCUGCAGAUCCACGGAUACGCCGUCAGCAGGCGUCUGAAGCACAUGGAGCAGGACUCGUCUUCGAUGGAGAAACGCUUCGCCUACCGCUUCCUGAAGAAGCUGCUGAAGUACGUGGACUCGGCGCAGGAAUUCAUCGCUCACCUCGAGGCGAUGGCUACCAGUGGAAAGAAUGACAGAUCACCACAUGAACAGGAAAUCAAGUUCUUUGCUAAGGUGCUCCUCCCCCUUAUAGACCAGUACUUUAAAAACCACUCGCUCUACUUCCUGUCGUCACCCACUAAGAAUCUGAGCAGCAGCGGAUACGCGUCGAACAAAGAGAAGGAGAUGGUCACCAGUCUGUUCUGUAAGCUGGCCACUCUGGUUAGACACAGGAUCUCUCUGUUUGGAAGUGACUCCACCACGAUAGUCAGCUGUCUGCACAUCCUCGCACACACGCUGGACACCAGGACUGUGAUGAAGUCUGGAUCGGAGCUGGUCAAAGCCGGUUUGAGGACUUUCUUUGAGAGCGCGGCUGAAGAUCUGGAGAAGACUCUGGAGAACCUGAAGCUGGGGAAGUUCACGCACUCACGCAGUCAGAUGAAGGGCGUCUCGCAGAACAUCAACUACACCACAGUGGCUCUGCUGCCCAUCCUGACCGCUCUGUUCGAGCACAUCACUGAACACCAGUUCAGCUCCGACCUUCUGUUGGAUGAUGUGCAGGUGUCGUGUUAUCGGAUCCUGACCAGUUUAUACUCGCUGGGGACGGGGAAGAACAUCUACGUGGAGAGGCAGCUGCCGGCGCUGGGUGAGUGUUUGGCGACUCUAGCCGGUGCGAUGCCCGUAGCGUUUCUGGAGCCGCAGCUAAACACACACAACCCCUGCUCCGUCUUCAACACCAAGACGUCUCGAGAACGAGCCCUGGUAGGGCUGCCGGAGUCGGUGGAGGAUGUGUGUCCUGAGAUGCCUCGUCUGGACGGUCUGAUCAAGGACAUUACUGACGUGUCAGAGUCCGGCGCGCGCUACACAGAGAUGCCGCACGUCAUCGAGGUGGUGCUGCCCAUGCUGUGUAAUUAUCUGUCCUACUGGUGGGAGAGAGGCCCGGAGAACCGUCCCCGUCCCGCAGGCGUCUGCAGCAGCACUGUCACCUCCGAACACCUCAGCCUCGUCCUCGGGAACAUCCUCAAGAUCCUCAACAGCAACCUGGGCAUCGACGAGGCCUCCUGGAUGAAGCGCAUCGCAGUGUACGCUCAGCCCAUCAUCAGUAAGGCGCGCGCUGAUCUGCUGAAGACGCACUUCUUGCCGACGCUGGAGAAGCUGAAGAAGAAGACGGUGAAGGUGGUGUCGGAGGAGGAGCUUCUGAAAGCUGAUGGGAAGGGCGACACCCAGGAGGCGGAGCUUCUGAUCCUGGAUGAGUUUGCAGUGCUGUGCAGAGAUCUGUACGCCUUCUACCCCAUGCUCAUCCGCUACGUGGACAACAACAGGUCUCGGUGGCUGAAGGAGCCGGACACAGACUCCAACGAGCUCUUCAGGAUGGUAGCAGAGAUCUUUAUCCUGUGGUGUAAAUCACACAACUUCAAGAGGGAAGAGCAGAACUUUGUCGUUCAGAACGAGAUCAACAACCUCUCGUUCCUCACCGGCGACAGUAAAACCAAGAUGGCAAAGUCAUUCCUCCCCAAGGCUGGUGGUCAGGAUCAGGAGCGGAAGCAUAAGAAGCGCCGUGGAGACUUUUACUCCGUCCAGACGUCUCUGAUCGUGGCGGCGCUGAAGAAGAUGCUUCCCAUCGGUCUGAACAUGUGCACGCCGGGAGACCAGGAGCUCAUCCUGCUGGCUAAGACAAGAUACGGCCUGAAGGACACAGAUGAAGAGGUGAAGGAGCAUAUCAGACAGAACCUGCACCUGCAGGAGAAGUCGGCGGAUCCGGCUGUUCAGUGGCAGCUCAACCUCUAUAAGGAUGUGAAGGUGAAGACGGAUGACACUCUGGAUCCGGAGCGGAGCAUUGAGAGAAUCCAGAGCAUCUCAGCCGCUGUAUUCCACCUUGAGCAGGUUGAGCAGCCGUUGCGGUCGAAGAAGUGUGUUUGGCAGAAGUUGUUGUCUAAGCAGCGGAAGAGAGCCGUUGUGGCGUGUUUCAGAAUGGCUCCGCUCUACAACCUGCCCAGGCACACAAUUAAUAAUUACUUCCUGAAUUCGUACUGUCACUUUUGGCUGGGCAGAAUUCAGGCGAGUUCUGACCGUGACGGUCUGCUGGCUGUGCUGACGAAGACGAAGACUGAUGAAGAGGAGGAGGAGAUCACAGACACUCAGCCGGACCCUCUUCAUCAACUCAUCCUGCACUUCAGUCACAACGCACUGACAGAACGCAGCUCACUAGAGGAGGAUCAGCUGUACAUCGCAUACGCAGAAAUGAUGGCUAAGAGCUGUGCUGAAAAUGAGGAAGAGGAUGAGGAAGGAAAAGAAAAAACAUUUGAGGAGAAGGAGAUGGAGAAGCAGAAGACUCUGUACCAACAGGCCCGACUCCAUGACAGAGGAGCAGCAGAGAUGGUCUUACAGAUGAUCAGCGCUAGUAAAGGUCAUUUGGGUCCGAUGGUCACGUUCACGCUGAAGCUCGGCAUCUCCAUUCUCAACGGUGGAAACAUCACAGUCCAGCAGAAAAUGCUGGACUAUUUGAAGGAGAAGCGAGAUGUGGGUUUCUUCAAGAGUCUGUCAGGACUGAUGCAGUCGUGCAGUGUUUUGGAUCUGAAUGCGUUCGAGCGUCAGAAUAAGGCCGAGGGUUUGGGGAUGGUGACCGAGGAAGGCUCCAUCAACGUGAGGGAGCGCGGCUCUAAAGUUCUUCAGAAUGACGAGUUUACCAGAGAUCUGUUCAGGUUCCUGCAGCUCCUGUGUGAGGGACACAAUAACGACUUCCAGAACUUUCUCAGGACACAAACAGGAAACACGACCACAGUCAAUAUAAUCAUCAGCACAGUGGACUAUCUGCUCAGACUGCAGGAGUCAAUCAGUGAUUUUUACUGGUAUUACUCUGGUAAAGACGUGAUGGACGAGGCAGGUCAGCGGAAUUUCUCCAAAGCUCUCGCUGUAGCCAAACAGAUCUUCAACUCACUCACUGAAUACAUACAGGGUCCGUGUAUCGGGAACCAGCAGAGUUUGGCUCACAGCAGACUUUGGGACGCCGUCGUCGGAUUUCUGCACGUCUUCGCCAACAUGCAGAUGAAGCUGUCACAGGACUCCAGUCAGAUCGAGCUGCUGAAGGAGCUGAUGGAUCUGCAGAAGGACAUGAUAGUCAUGAUGCUGUCACUGCUGGAAGGAAAUGUGGUGAAUGGGACCAUCGGCAAGCAGAUGGUGGACACUCUUGUGGAGUCCUCCAGCAACGUGGAGAUGAUUCUCAAGUUCUUCGACAUGUUCCUCAAGCUGAAAGAUCUAACAACCUCGGAGAACUUCAAGGAGCAUGACCCCGACCGUAAAGGCGUCAUCUCCAAGAAGGAGUUCCAGAAGUCCAUGGAGAACCAGAAGCAGUACUCUCAGUCCGAGAUCGAGUUCCUGCUGUCCUGCGCCGAGGCCGACGAGAACGACAUGUUCAACUACGAAGAGUUCGUCAAUCGCUUCCACGAACCCGCCAAAGACAUCGGCUUCAAUGUGGCGGUUCUUCUCACCAAUCUGUCGGAGCACAUGCCUCACGAUUCCCGACUGUCCACCUUCCUGAACCUGGCCGAGAGCGUUGUGAACUACUUCGAGCCCUACCUGGGCCGCAUCGAGAUCAUGGGCGGCGGCAAGAGAAUCGAGAGGGUUUACUUCGAGAUUAGCGAGUCCAGCCGAACGCAGUGGGAGAAACCGCAGGUCAAAGAGUCCAAGCGGCAGUUUAUCUUCGAUGUUGUCAACAAGGGUGGAGAAUCUGAGAAGAUGGAGCUGUUCGUGAACUUCUGCGAGGACACCAUCUUCGAGAUGCAGCUGGCGUCUCUGAUCUCCGAGCCGGACGCUGCUGAGAGACAAGAGGAGGUCGAUGAUGAAGAUGAUGCUCGGAGCGUGGAUCUAGACGAGGACGAUGAAGAUGCCUCACAGGAGUCUUCCUCAGCGUUCGCUCUGGCCUGCGUCUCCAUGAGGAAGAGUCUGUCCAACCUGCGGCAGCUGCUGACCUUCAGGAGCAUGAGGAGACAGUAUCGCAAGCUGAGGAAGAUGAGCGUCCGCGAGAUGAUCCGAGGAUUCUUCUUCUUCUUCUGGAUAAUCUUCACUGGCAUGUUCCGCUUCCUCUACAGCCUGGUCUGGGGCUUCUUCCACAUCCUGUGGUCCACGCUGUUCGGCGGCGGUCUCGUGGAAGGAGCCAAGAACAUGAAGGUGACGGACAUUCUGGGGAACAUGCCGGAUCCCACGCAGUUCGGGAUCCACGGAGACGUUCUGGAGCUGGAGAAGCUGGAGUACUGCGACGUGUCGUCGGUGGCGGAGCUGGGGCGCAUGACGGCGGGAGAUCAGGCGGAGAUGGAGCUCAUGACGGAGCUGAUGUACAUGCAGCCCAGGAGGGAAGGAGGCAAGCAUGGCAUGGAGCCGGGGCUGGGAGACGUGUCCGAGGUGAUGGGAGUGGACACUCCGUCUUUAGCCAGCGCCGUCCAUCAGAAGAAGGCUCAGGAAGCCGCCAGUAAGCAGUUCGAUGAAUCAGAGACCAAAGCAGAGUCGGAGAAGGCAGAUGUUGAGGACAGAGAGAAGAAAGACCAGGACAAAGGUAAAGAGGAGAGUGUGUCAGACUCGCUGACAGACGAAGAGAAGAAGCCGCAGAAGAAGAGACGCGGCCAGAGGAAGGAGCAGGCCGAGGCCUUCAUGGCGGCGUUCUUAGCCAGUCUAGACGUCCAUCAGACCAAAACCCUGAAUUAUCUGGCCAGAAACUUCUACAACCUGCGAUUCCUGGCUCUGUUUGUGGCGUUUGCCAUCAACUUCAUCCUGCUCUUCUACAAGGUGACCGGUGAGGACUCUGGUGAUCUGGACCCGUGGACGCGGCGAGCGGAGGAGGAUGAUGAAGCUGCGCUGGAGUAUUUUGUUCUUCAGGAGAGCACGGGUUACAUGGCUCCGACCCUGCGCUUCCUGGCCGUCAUGCACACCGUCAUCUCCUUCCUCUGUGUGCUGGGAUAUUACUAUCUGAAGGUGCCGCUGGUGGUGUUCAAGCGUGAGAAGGAGAUCGCGCGCAAGCUAGAGUUCGAUGGGCUCUACAUCACCGAGCAGCCGUCUGAUGAUGAUAUUAAAGGCCAGUGGGACAGACUCGUCGUCAACACGCCGUCUUUCCCCAACAACUACUGGGACAAAUUUGUCAAACGGAAGGUUAUUAAUAAGUACGGCAAUCUGUACGGAGCAGAGCGGAUCGCAGAGCUGCUGGGUUUGGACAAAAGUGCUUUAGACUUCAAUCCCACCGAAGAGACGGUCAUUAAAGACGCCUCGCUGCUGUCCUGGUUGAGCUCCAUUGACACCAAGUAUCACGUGUGGAAGAUGGGCGUCGUGUUCACUGAUAACUCGUUCCUGUAUCUGGUCUGGUACACCACCAUGUCCAUCCUGGGACAUUAUAAUAAUUUCUUCUUCGCCGCUCAUCUGCUGGACAUCGCCAUGGGCUUCAAAACACUGAGGACCAUCCUGUCCUCCGUCACACACAACGGCAAACAGCUGGUGCUUACAGUCGGGCUGCUCGCUGUGGUUGUGUAUCUCUACACCGUCGUAGCGUUCAACUUCUUCCGCAAGUUUUAUAACAAGAGUGCUGACGAGGACGAGCCCGAUAUGAAGUGUGAUGACAUGAUGACGUGUUAUCUGUUCCACAUGUACGUGGGUGUCCGUGCUGGCGGCGGGAUCGGUGACGAGAUUGAGGACCCCGCAGGCGACCCGUACGAACUUUACCGGAUCCUGUUCGACAUCACCUUCUUCUUCUUCGUCAUUGUGAUCUUGCUGGCCAUCAUACAAGGUUUGAUCAUCGAUGCAUUUGGAGAGCUGAGAGACCAGCAGGAGCAGGUCAAAGAGGACAUGGAGACCAAAUGCUUCAUCUGUGGAAUCGGGAACGAGUAUUUCGACACGACGCCGCACGGCUUCGAGACUCACACGUUACAAGAGCACAACCUCGCCAACUACCUAUUUUUCUUGAUGUACCUGAUCAACAAGGAUGAAACCGAGCACACUGGUCAGGAGUCGUACGUGUGGAAGAUGUACCAGGAGCGAUGCUGGGAUUUCUUCCCGGCCGGAGACUGUUUCCGUAAGCAGUAUGAAGACCAGCUGGGCUGAAAGAGCUGCGUUUCCUUCAGAUCCAAUCCAGUGCCAAUUCAGUGGAGUCUCUCUCUCUCUCUCUCUCUCUCUCUCUCUCUCCCUCUGUCUGCUUUGGUUUCAAACCGUUCUUUUCCUUUUCAGUCCCUCAACAAAAGACAGAACAGCUCAACACGUUGCCUUCUUUGAGCCCAGAACCAUUGCACAAGGUUUUUUCCUGUUUUUUGAGAAACUCUGGGGUGAUGCACAAGCGUUUGGACAGCAUGAUGCCAAAAGCACGCGUGUUUGUGCGUGUGUUCACACUCCCUCGGACCCCUUGCCUGCUUGCCCGUAGAGACGAGGAGAUUCCCGACUCAAACCUUCGUCAAGUGCCUUACCUCCAUCACAUCUGAGCUAUGCAAGACCUGCGUUCCCUCCCGAUGUCGUGGAGGUCUGUUCGUGCUCCCGUCUCCUGGUUUCAGAUGGAAAUGCUCUCGUUUGGCCGUUCGUAUGUUGUAGCUUUGCUGAAUUGUGCUUUUGUUUAGAAGGACAAAUAAAGAUAUUGAUGCAAUAAA